GGGAUAAUUUGGCAACUCGCUUCCUGUUCCGCCAUACUUGCAAUGGACUACCGGUAGAACAAGAUGUAUUUGUACAACUUAACCCUGCAGAGGUCCACUGGGAUCUCUUCAGCGAUCCAUGGCAACUUCUCCGGCUCAAAGUUGCAGGAGGUGGUUGUGUCGCGGGGUAAGAUGCUGGAGCUGCUACGUCAUGACCCCAACACUGGCAAGAUAUACCCCAUUCUUUCUGUAGAAGUGUUUGGCAUGAUACGAUCACUGAUGCCCUUCAGACUGACAGGGGGAAACAAAGAUUAUAUUGUUGUUGGAUCCGAUUCUGGCAGAAUUGUUAUCCUGGAGUACAUACCUCAAAAGAAUAUGUUUGAAAAGAUUCACCAGGAAACAUUUGGAAAGAGUGGUUGUCGGAGAAUUGUGCCUGGACAGUACAUGGCUGUAGAUCCUAAAGGCAGAGCUGUCAUGAUUGGAGCUGUGGAGAAACAGAAACUUGUGUAUAUCUUGAAUAGAGAUGCCCAAGCACGUCUCACAAUCUCGUCUCCUCUAGAAGCACACAAGGCCAACACAUUAGUCUACCACAUGGUAGGGGUGGAUGUUGGCUUUGAAAACCCUACAUUUGCCUGUCUUGAAAUUGACUAUGAGGAUGCAGAUACUGACCCUACAGGAGAAGCAGGACAACAGACACAGCAGUGGCUCACUUACUAUGAACUUGAUCUCGGACUCAAUCAUGUCGUCCGGAAAUACUCGGAACAUUUAGAAGAGCAUGCAAACUUCCUAGUGUCAGUCCCUGGUGGUAGUGAUGGUCCUAGUGGUGUCCUUAUCUGCUCAGAGAACUACAUCACAUACAAAAAUUUGGGUGACCAGCCAGACAUCAGAUGUCCCAUUCCUCGCAGAAGGAAUGACUUAGAUGAUCCAGAGAGAGGUAUGAUUUUUGUCUGCAGUGCAACUCACAAAACAAAGUCAAUGUUUUUCUUCCUGGCGCAAACAGAACAAGGAGAUAUAUUCAAAAUAACUCUGGAAGUUGAUGAUGAAAUGGUGGUGGAGAUUCAUCUGAAGUAUUUUGACACUGUACCAGUAUCUGCCAGUAUGUGUGUUCUCAAGUCGGGGUUCCUGUUUAUUGCCUCGGAGUUUGGAAACCACCAUCUAUAUCAGAUUGCUCAGUUAGGAGACGAUGAUGAUGAACCUCGCUUUAGUAGUAACCAGCCAUUAGAGGAAGGAGAGACAUUUUUUUUCUCCCCACGACCACUUAAAAAUCUGGUCAUGGUGGACGAAAUGGACAGUCUGUCUCCAAUCACCUCCUGUCAGAUUGCUGACUUAGCCAAUGAAGAUACACCCCAACUGUACACGCUAUGUGGACGUGGUUCACGCUCUACCCUACGGGUAUUACGACAUGGACUCGAGGUGUCAGAGAUGGCUGUGUCUGAGCUGCCCGGAAACCCAAACGCUGUAUGGACAGUCAAGAAAAACAUAGAGGAUGAAUUUGAUGCUUAUAUCAUCGUGUCCUUUGUGAACGCCACUCUGGUUCUGUCCAUUGGGGAGACUGUUGAAGAAGUGACAGACUCCGGUUUCUUGGGAACCACUCCUACCAUUUCCUGUUCACAGCUUGGAGACGAUGCCCUGGUACAGAUUUAUCCAGAUGGAAUCCGUCAUAUUCGUUCAGAUAAGCGUGUAAACGAAUGGAAGACUCCAGGCAAGAAGAACAUUGUCAAGUGUGCUGUAAACCAGAGACAAGUUGUUAUAGCUCUCACUGGUGGGGAGUUGGUGUACUUCGAAAUGGACCCAACUGGCCAGCUGAAUGAGUACACGGAGAGAAAAGACAUGUCCUCAGACGUGGUGUGCAUGGCCUUAGGUCGUGUGCCAGUUGGAGAACAGCGUUGCCGAUUUUUGGCAGUAGGGUUAGCUGAUAACACUGUUCGGGUGGUGUCUCUAGAUCCUACAGACUGUCUGUCCCCACUCAGUAUGCAGGCCAUGCCAGAGCCUCCCGAGUCAUUGUGUAUAGUAGAGAUGGGAGGUACUGAGGCAAAGGAGGAAACUGGGGAGACGGGCUCUGUGGGGGGUCUCUUCCUCAACAUUGGUCUACAGAAUGGUGUAUUACUUCGUACUGUAUUGGACACAGUGACUGGUGAUCUGUCCGACACCAGGACGAGAUAUCUAGGUCUGCGACCAGUCAAACUCUUCAGGAUCAGCAUGCAAGGCUCUGAGGCGGUGCUGGCUAUGUCGAGUAGAUCAUGGCUUAGCUAUACGUACCAGAACCGGUUCCAUCUAACGCCUCUGUCCUACGAGACACUAGAGUAUGCAUCUGGCUUCGCCUCCGAACAGUGUCCAGAGGGUAUUGUUGCAAUUUCCACCAACACACUCAGAAUUUUAGCCCUGGAGAAACUGGGAGCAGUGUUCAAUCAGGUGUCGUAUCCGCUACAGUACACACCACGCAAAUUUGUCAUUCAUCCCGAGUCCAGUAACCUUGUGAUUAUAGAGACAGACCACAACGCCUACACAGAAGCUACCAAGAUGGAGAGGAAGCAGCAGAUGGCAGAGGAAAUGGUUGAGUCUGUGAAUGAGGAGCAGAGAGAGAUGGCUGCAGAAAUGGCAGCAGCCUUCCUCAAUGAAGAACUGCCUGAAACGAUAUUUGGAUCUCCCAAGGCAGGGUCCGGGAUGUGGGCAUCGCUCAUCAGAGUCAUCAAUCCUAUCACAGGGCAGACACUGGACAAGGUUCAGCUGGAACAGAAUGAGGCUGCACACAGCAUUGCCCUGGUGAAAUUUGCAAGUCGAGGAGAUGACGUGUUUGUGUUGGUGGGUGUGGUUAAAGACUUGGUUCUAAAUCCCCGAUCUUUGGGCGGGGGCUAUGUGUAUACUUAUCAGUUAAAGGACGGAGAAAAACUGGAAUUCCUCCACAAAACUUCCAUGGAGGAUAUGCCUGGUGCUAUUGCACCUUUCCAGGGCAGAGCACUCAUUGGUGUCGGAAAAUACCUGCGAAUCUAUGAUAUUGGCAAGAAAAAAUUACUCAGGAAAUGUGAAAAUAAGCAUGUGCCAAACUUCAUUGUGAGUAUUCAUACACUCGGAAACCGUGUAGUUGUAGCAGAUGUACAAGAGAGCUUUCACUUUGUGCGAUACAAACGCCAGGAAAACCAACUGAUUGUAUUUGCUGAUGACACCAACCCUCGCUGGAUCACUGCAUCAUGUAUGCUAGACUACAACACUGUUAGUGGAGCAGACAAAUUUGGAAAUAUUACAAUUAUCCGACUGCCAACUGAUAUCAGUGAUGAGGUGGACGAGGACCCGACAGGAAAUAAAGCCUUGUGGGACAGAGGCGUGCUCAAUGGAGCAUCACAAAAGACAGAAAUUGUGUCCAACUUCCACAUCGGUGAGGUGGUAACCUCCCUACAGAAGGCUACUUUGAUCCCAGGGGGAUCAGAAUCCCUGGUAUACACCACACUUUCUGGUGGUAUCGGCAUGCUGGUACCCUUCACAUCACACGAGGAUCACGACUUUUUCCAACAUCUUGAGAUGUACAUGAGAUCUGAACACCCACCACUUUGUGGCCGUGACCACUUGUCCUUCCGGUCUUACUACUUCCCAGUAAAGAAUGUGAUAGAUGGGGAUGUAUGCGAAAUGUUUAAUUCCAUAGACAUCUCAAAGCAAAAGGCUUUGUCAGAGGAGCUUGACCGCACACCAAGUGAGGUUUCAAAGAAAUUAGAGGACAUUCGAACAAGAUAUGCCUUCUAAAGAGGACAACUGAUGCAUAAUUUAUAUUUCUAAAUUACUGUUCUGGUGUGUGGGUCAGGUACAGCGCUAUGGUGGUACUGACUACACAGAGCUUGCUCACAUUGGAUUCCAGCUUCAUUGGACAAUGAAACAAGGAUAUCUGUUGAGUAAAUGGCAUGAAGGUCAUGAUUGUAAAGAUGGUAUGGACUAGUUACCACCGUGAUGGGCUAUAAUAAGCAACAGUUCCUGGAAUUUGUGCCCGAGGCUACAUCCUUGAUCUUCACUAUUGUCCCACAUACUGCAGAACAAAUUUAUUACUGGUUACAUGGUGAUAGACAUUACUCCAUAUGUAACAUGACAAAGUGACAGAAAAGAAAAAGUUCAUGUAACUUCAUUGCCAUUUUCAGAGGAGAAACAUUCUUGAUUGACAAUUAGUGUGUUAACUACAUUUUCGUAAUUCAUCAAAGGGAACACGAGUUGUGGAGAGUGACAGAAGUGAGAAUGGGUUGGUGUAUGAGAGAGAAAUAUCAAUUUGUACAUAAUAUGAUAUGUUGGACAGUUCAUCAAUAUUCAUUGAAUCAUGUGCUUUACAAAAACAUUUUUGUGUCAUUGAUACUGUUCUGCAAAACAAGAAUAAAUUGGAAUUAAAUUAAA